ACAAUUCAACAAUAUUCACCUCAAUCCUUAUAAUUGAAUGAUCCGAGUCUCUCCCAGGCCCUGGAAUAAUCCACCGAAUCGCGAAUUACAAUCGAUCAAAUUAACACGUUCCUCCAUUUUUCCACCACAACAGCCUAAUAAAUCGGACAGCCAGGAGUGGGAUACGUCUAUCGAGUCGCAUUCGCCUGAACUCUAACCGAUAAAAUUUCAGUUGUUGGAUCAGUGAUAGAACGAACUACCGUAGCUUUUUGAUUUUGGAUUAUGAUCGAGAGGAGUUGGAGUGAUGACGCGAUCCGUUGUCCGAGAGCCUGAUCAGGAUAAUCAGUCAGACGUACCCGUGCAGGGGUGCUUCGUUCCAGGGGAUACGAGCAAGCUAGCUAAAAAUAUGGAUUCUGGUAUCAAUGGCAUCACCACGAGGUAUGGGAGAGCUGUUAAAAUAGUUCAUUCAGCGGAGGAUGUAACGGCUAAGUCAAUAAAAACGCCCAAGACACCUCCAGUGACAGUUCCACCAGCUCCAGCACUAGUUGAUGCCGGGCGAUCGGAAAGUAGCACAAUUCCAGAAACUCCCAAAACGCAAAAAUUAAAACCUGAAGGACCGGAGAAAAAAGCUAAUGUAGUUAAACAACAGUCUCCCCCCGAUACUCCAGAGUCCGAGGUGCCAGAUUCUAGAGAGUUUAUGCUGGACGAUAUGAAUGGGGACUCCAGAGAUGAUGACAAACCUUCGAAUGAUAGCCGAUGGGGUGUAGGGGAAUUAGCGUGGGCACACGUCAGUAAUUAUCCGUAUUGGCCGUGCAUUGUCACGGUGGAUCUCACGGAUGAUACUCAUUUGAAACGAAAACAAAAUCCUUUAUAUCUGCCUGCAGCCUUUGGCCAAAGAAUAAUAAAGAUGGUCCACGUCACCUAUUUCGGUGACAACGGUCGUCACAACUGGGUGAAUGAGAACUCUCUGAUGAAAUUUGAGGGUCUCAAACAGUUUAAUGAUCUCGCAAUGGAGCUUCUGAAAGGCAGAAAAAAAUGCACAAAAUUUUAUGCUGGUUUCGUUGUUAAAACCGUGAUAAAACAAAAAUGGGACACAGCUGUAUCGGAAGCUGAAGUUCUCCUCCCAAUGGAAAUUACCGAUAGAUUACGAGCGAUAGCACCAAAGCGAAAGCGUGGACGUCCACGAUUAUCUCAUGAGUCAGCAGCAAAGCGUCCUCGACUGGACGAAUUUUUAAUCCGAAAGAGCAUAGACGAAGACUUGGAGACGAUAAAAUCACGAACGAAAUCCUUCGACGAUACGAAUCUGACGACAGAAACUCCACCAACACCUCCAUCAAGCAUUAAAGACUCUAGUGACGAGUCAUCAACAGUGAGAAAAUACAAAAGACGACGGAGAACGAAAGCAGAGACCAACGAGGACUUUGAGAACUACUAUAAUGUGCACAAAGACGACAAGGGCUAUGUGCCUGAUGGAAGCCAGGAAGAGAUCAGACAGUACUUGCAGACAAUAUGGGACGGGAUGAGUGUCUACUUCCGUAGUAAAUACAAGGCCGGUUCUAACGAUCUCCAUACGAAGGAGAAAUCGUCAAGUCCUAACGGGGAGACGACUCACGAGGAGUCCACCCCCAGAACUCGUAAGUCCAAAGGGUCCAAGGAUCAAUCCAAAGAGCAGAGCAAAGAGAAGAUGGACAUCAUCCUGGACCCCGUGAAACGUCCAAAACUCAUGAAUCUCUUCAAGGGAGUUAAGGCUGAACGAGUCUGCCAGAUUUGCGAGAAGACAGGGAAUUUGACACGUUGCAAGGGUCCUUGCUACUCCUACUUCCACUUGAAAUGCGUCAAGCCUGGGGAAUCCGAGUCCGAGGGUGAAGGUGAGGAGGACACGGUUGACAGUGCAUCGACUGGCAGUGGAGAGCCUCAGAAAAAAUCCAAGGAUGACAGUCUCGAAGAGGAGAAUUUCAAGUGCAUUGACUGCCUCUCUGGUGUUGCUCCAGCUUGUUUUAUUUGUAAUGAGAGAGAAGACGAGAGGAUCAGAUGUACAGUGGCCACUUGUGGCAGGCACUAUCACUCCAAGUGUCUCACAAUGUGGCCACAGUCACAUUGGCAUGGGGGACGACUGACUUGUCCCUAUCACAUGUGCCAUACGUGUAUAUCAGAUAAUCCUCAAAAUCAUCACACGCGAAUUACCAAUGACAAACUGGCGAGGUGCGUCAGGUGUCCUUCUGCUUAUCAUGCUAGUGUUCAGUGUCUACCUGCUGGCUCUCAGAUACUUACCAGUACGCAGGUUAUUUGUCCUAAACAUUAUGUUGCCCCUCAUCCUCCGUUGAAUGCGGCUUGGUGUUUUCUCUGCACGAGGGGGGGUUCACUCAUCUGUUGUGAUACUUGUCCCACAUCGUUUCAUCCGGAAUGUCUUGGGAUUGACGCUCCUGAUGGAGCUUUUAUCUGUGAAGACUGCGAAACUGGUAGGCUUCCGCUCUACGGAGAAGUAGUGUGGGUGAAGUUAGGAAACUACAGAUGGUGGCCAUCUCGCAUAUGCUAUCCCCAAGAGAUUCCUUCAAAUCUCACAGCAGUCUCCCAUAGUCCUGGUGAAUUCUGCGUGAUGUUUCUGGGUACGAAGAAUUACUAUUGGGUGCAUCGAGGUCGUGUCUUCCUGUAUCAAGAAGGCGAUACCUGCGCCAGAAACAGUAUGGGACGAAAAACAGUGGAUGACGCCUACAAACAGGCUGUAGUAGAGGCCAACGAGUUGCAUCAGCAAGUGAAGAACGAGAGAGUAGCUGCCAAAGAGGACGAAUCGAAAAAUCUGAGGCCUCCUCCUUACGUUAAGAUACGUGUAAACAAACCUGUUGGAAAUGUAAAACCAAUGGAGAUGGAGGUUGAUGUUGCCUGUGAGUGUGAUGGCAAGUGGGAGCAUCCCUGCUCCCCAGACAGUGACUGUCUCAACCGAAUUCUCUCGAUCGAGUGCAAUCCAACAAUCUGCCCAGCAGGUGCCAAAUGCAAUAAUCAGUCCUUCGUGAGAAGGAAAUAUCCUCUGAUGGAGCCAUUCCACACCGCUGGUCGGGGAUGGGGUUUGAAAACCCUAGAGGCCAUAAAAUCAGGGCAAUUUGUCAUUGAAUACGUCGGAGAAGUGAUCGACGAGGCUGAGUACAAAAGGAGGCUACACAGAAAGAAAGAAUUGAGAAAUGAGAAUUACUAUUUCCUGACCAUUGACAACUACAGGACAAUCGAUGCGGAGCCCAAGGGGAAUCUCAGCAGAUUCAUGAAUCACUCGUGUCAACCCAACUGCGAGACACAGAAGUGGACUGUCAAUGGUGACACAAGGAUUGGUCUGUUUGCUCUGAAGGAUAUAGAAAAGGGGGAGGAACUCACGUUCAAUUAUAAUUUAGCUACUGAGGGAGAGACGAAGAAACCUUGUCUCUGUGGUGCCUCCAACUGUUCUGGAUACAUUGGACUCAAAGCUCAGAAGCCUCAGUCGAGUCCAGUGGAGCAAGUCGCCCAGGAGUUUAAGGCUGAACCUGAAAAAGUGAAGAAGCAGAGGAGAUCGAAGAAGAUAUAUAAAUGUUGGAAGUGCGGGCAUGUCAUUUCUGGCGAUAACUUUGUCGAGUGUGGAAUGAAGUCAUGCCACAAGAGGUAUCAUGCCAAGUGUUUGAAGAAAAACUACGUGCGGAGAUUGAGGUGUCCCUGGCAUCAUUGCGCAGACUGCCAGAAGAGGACUUCUGUUCGGUGUUUGUCAUGCAGCACUGCUUAUUGUCAAAAUCAUUUGGAAGGUAAGAUGAUUGAAAAGAAGGAUAAGAAUGGGUAUCUUUGUAAGAGGCAUAAGAAUUCUAUGGGGGAGAAUGAAAGAGAGAGUCUAGGAGAUGCGACAGGGGAGAGCGAAAAUCCUGAUGAUAAUUCGGAGGUCAACUCUAGAGAGACAGAAGCUACUGGAGGGAGUCUGAGAAGUCAUGCAAUUACGACGCAUCUCAUGAGUCAAGAAAGUGAACGAUCUCGUCGGAAAGAGGCUAAGAAAGAGGACGUGAAAGAGGAGAAAGCGGAUGUAGAAGAAGAAAAAGAGAAUGUAAAAGAGGAGAAAGAGGAUGUGAAGGUGGAAAAAGAGGAGAAAACGACGGAGAAGAGGCCUCAGAAACCCGAAGAUCCCCUCGUUGCAGAACAUAAAAAUCUUAAGGCUGAUGAAACAAUUCCUGCAGACAAAUCUGCAGAAAUGACUAAAGAUAAACCUGUAGAAAAUCGUAAAUCUAAAUCAGAAAGUGAUGUUAGUAAUUCCCAAGUGAUUGAGGUUGAAGAGGGUGGUGGCAAUAAUGACAAAGUUGAGAUUAAGGAUGAAGUUCAAGAGAUUGAGAUGAAGAAGCAAGAGACACAUGAUGUUGUGGAGGUGGACGAUGAUAUUUUAUCGAUAACUGAGACGAAGGUUGACUCUGAUGAGGACUUUGACACAGCCUCAUUAUUGGCCGAUUCUGAUGGCUCAAUUAAUGGGGAAGACGUCUUUCCACCGAGAGUUUCCAUUAUUGAGAUCGACUUGAGUGAUGAAGACGAUCGAGACGAGGAAAUCGAUAUAAAACCAGAGGACGAAGAUAUCGAUGGAAUGGACGUAAAGGAAGAGGACAUUGUACCAGCCUCAGUGAAAAGAAGGAGAACACUGAGAAAUCACCAGAUGCAUCGAAUAGUCGGUCGAGCGGUGCGAUCCUGAAUAUACUGCCCUGAUAAUUAAUAAGGUCUCGAUAAAAAAAUUUGUCAGUCGAAAUCAUGAUGUAAUGUUGAUCAUCAAUACUUGAUAUUUAGAUUUAUUCGUAUCUUUGCCUGAAUUUUUGCCCAAAAUGGAAAAUUAUUUUCGUUGAUUCAAGAUUUCGACGUCGUUUCGAUGUACAUAUCUCUUAUUUAUACAUUAUGAUUGAAUAUGUUGUCAAUUAUUUUAAGAUUUAUGCAUAAUUUAGUUAUUUUUCAUAUAAUGAAACUGUGAAUCCUAGGGUCUAGGGGACAAAUCUGUCUCGAGGCGAUUAAUAAGACACCUUUUUUAUACCAAUUAGUAUUAUUGUAGCGGUUUUAGUGAGUUAAUGUAGUAGGGAAAACGAACUCGAUUUUCAAUACACAAUUUUGGAGAAUAAAAGAAUUUUAUCUUGAAAUUAUAA